UCUUUACCUCCCAUCUAUGCUCUAUAGUGUGUGUUUAUUUUAUCCCAACACAACACAACACCAACCUCAUUCAUUUCUAUUAGCCAUAAAAAAUAAAAACCCUAGAAAAACCUUCAUCCUCUCAAUUCAAAUAUGGCCAAAAAGAAAGGUACACCUCACCCUCACCCUCAUCCUCAUCCAUCUCAACCUCAAUCUCUUGACCUCAAACAACACCACCCAACUGCUGAAGCCAUGGAUGACCCUUCAGUUCAGAUUCAGAAUCUCAAGAAACUCAACUCCGUUCUUCUCACGGAGACCACUCAGCGCAGACAGCAGCUCGAGUCCUUGCUCCACGUCGGCGACACAAACCUCGCCCUCGAGCUGGAAAACGCCGUGCUUCUCGCUUUCCUCGAGGCCCGGAUGAGGGAAAUGGGGUUUCGAUUCGACGAGGUUGUCGGAGAGGGGAACGAGAGAGGGUACGAGGUUGCUGCUCUCAAGGGGGAACUGAAUGGCCUCGAAAACGAGAGGGAGCAGUUAAAGGACGAGCUCGUUGCUGGGGGGAAGCGGUUGAUGGAGGCUGAGGACAGAGAGAGAAUGGUUAGAGAUGAGGUGGAGAAGCUGAGGUUGGAAGGUGAGAGGUUAUUGGAGCAACGAUGGGAGAGAGAAAGAGUGAUUCGACAACUCGAGGAGGAUAAGGAUUUGGCUUUGAGGAGUUCCCAAGAGUCAGCUAUGGUGAUUGAGAUGCUGAAGGUGGAGACUGAAGGGAUCAUGAGGGAGAAGAAUGAGAUUGAGAAGCUUAACAAAUCUCAAGUCCUGAAAAUCAUUGGCCUUGAAAAUGAGUUGAAGCAACUCCAUGAGUCUUUGAAGAAUUCGCGCAAUGAAGAGGCUUUGAUGCGUUCAAAGAUUCUCCAACUGGAAGGGAGUAUUGGUCUUGCCGUUGAGAAGGAACAGGAGAUGGCAAUGGAGAUUAGGGCCUUGAUGAAAGAUAAGAAGGAAAUGGAGAAGAGUAUUCAGAUGUUAACUGAGAGAAGUGAUGGUGUUAGCAAGGUUCUGGAUAUGGUUCAGAAGGAAUUGGAGAAUAAGCAGCAUGAGAUUGAUGAGACUAUUAGAGUGAGAGAUGAGAUUGAGCAGGUCAAAGUUAUUCGCGAGAAUGAAAUUGUUGAGUUGCAAGGUGAAGUGUAUCGACUCAAGGAUGUUGUGGAUAAGCUGAAAGAGUCCUGCAGGGAGUUUGAAGAGAAAAAUAAGCAAUUACUCUCUCAAGUUGAACAUUAUAAAGAUUCUGUUGAUCAAGUGAUGCUCGAGAAGGAUAGCAUCAGAAAGGGAUUUGAUGAGGAGAAAAAUAAAGUGGAGAAGUUGGAGUUGCAAGUUGCAGGAAUGAAGGAUAAGAUUGAACAAACUGCAGUUGAGUUGGGGCAGAUGAGAAGCGAGAAAGAGAAGCUAACUGAGAAAAACAAGAUGCUGGAAAGCCAUGUGCAUGAAUUGCAGGGUAGCCUUGUGGAGACUCAAAGAGAGUCUGAUGAUUUGAGAGCUAAGAAUGAAUUUUCCAACAGGGCACUGGCAAUGUUGAAGAGUACUGCUGCACUUGUGUGUCAGUAUAAGGAGGGUGCAGAGGUUGUGGUAUCCAAUGAGAGGAAGCUUGAGGAAGAAAUUCAGCCAUAUGCCAAGGAACUGGAUGCAAUAAGGAAUGCAUUCAAAAGUAAGGAUGAGAUGGUGGAUGACAUGAAGCAACAGGUUGUGUCACUGCAGAAGUCUGUGGCCAAGGCACAUAAGACUAAGAGCUUGUGGACUUUGAUAUCAUCUGCAACUACAAUUUUUGCUGCUGCAAUCGCUGCCUAUGUUGCUAGAGGACGCUGAACGGUUGUGUCCUUUUUCCUUCUCGGAAGAGUUACUUUGGUAAUAGGAUCAAGAUUUACCUUUUAUACUAUGUAAUAGUUGAGCUAUAUAUCUUGAUCUUUGUUAGAGAAUAACAUUUUAAUCCGUAUUGAGCCAAAAACUUGAGGAAAUAUGUCAGCUACUUAUCAUAGAAAGAACAAUAUGCUGUUUUGUGUUAACAUCUGUGAUAUUUCUGUGUUUCAAGAUAAUUGAUAGCAAGCGGUAAGAAAUAAUACUUCGCUAAGACGACAACUGUGUUCGACCACUUACGACGAAGAGAAAUGCUAUUAUUAGGAAUUACAGGAAUAUUCAAUGGGCCAGUCUCUUUCAGUUGAAUAGAAGUUCUUGAUAGUUUUUACUGUGGCUAAA